AUGAGCAUGUAUGUGGUAAAAAAUGCGAAAGAAAUAAUUGUGAAGUUGAAAUUAAAAAAAGCACUAGAUUUUUUGAUAAUGAGUAUAAUAGAUUCACUUAUCUUUAUACUUCUCAAUGCUUCAAAACUUGUGCUUGUGCAAUUCCGAUUCCUAAAUUUAAAACUUCUCAUACAGGAGCUCAUGAUUGCAAAAAACACAAAUGUCAAGAAAAAUGCCCAGACUGUGAUGCUUAUUGCAAUAAGGAGGUUGGACAUGAAGGCUUGCAUUCAACUCCAACUCACAGAAAUAAGGAAAAAUGCAUUUAUCUCUCCAAAGCUGAGACUUUUGAGUACGAAGAUUUGACCGAAGGACCAUCGCAAAAAGCCACAAGAAAAUUCAAAGCAGGAGAAAUUGCUUAUCCUGAAUUCUGCGAUAUAA